AUACGAACCCUCAAAACUUACCCUCCUAGUCUUAUUUAUUCAUGUAUAUAAAUAUGUUGAAGUGUUAUGUUCAACAAACAUUAUCAUUCCAUAUGUGAUCAUUUUAAAACAUUGGUGUAAUAAAUUGAGCAUUGAUCUAAAUAUAUAUAUCAUCUAGUCUGAGGGUUGCAGUGAGAACUUAAAAUGAUGAAGUCUCCUCCUUCAAAAGCUCUGAUCAUCAGAGUCAAUCUAAUAUUCAUAGCUUUCUUCCUUGUGGUCUACGCUACACUUCUUCUUCGUCCAUCUUCUUCAGCUUAUCAUCAGAAUGCAGCUGCAGUUGUGCGGUGUUCACUGCGCGAGUGCCAUCACAAGGUAAGACGGAUAAGAGAUUAAAUAUGAAAGCGGUAUUGGAAGAGCCAGGAGAUAAGUUAAUCAGCAAUGGAACAGAUUUGAUUAGAAGAGAAAGGCCAAGUUUUUUGAAUGAAAUGCGGAGAGGAUUGAAGAUUGGAAUGGUGAACAUGGAAGAUGAGGAUUUGAGUGAAUGGGAAAUGCAGGGGAAAGUAAUGCAUAUUAGUUAUGAGCGAGUGUCCGAGCUGUUGGAAUGGAAAGAUUUGUAUCCGGAAUGGAUAGAUGAAGAGGAGGAGCUAGAUGGUCCUAGCUGUCCCGAAAUUCCAAUGCCAAGAAUACAAGACUACGGAUACAUGGAUGUGAUCGUGGUGAAGGUGGGGUGCAAAUGGCCGGAAGAAGGGUGGGGGAGAGAUACGCAGAGGCUGCAGCUUCACCUCAUCGCGGCAAAUAUGGGAGUGGGGAGAGGAAAGAGGGACCGGAAUGGGAGAACAAAGAUUGUGUUUUUGAGCAAGUGCAGGCCUAUGUUGGAGCUGUUUCCUUGCCAUGAAUUGAUCAAGCAGGAAGGAGAUUGGUGGUUGUUUAAGCCCGACGUGGUUAGCUUGGAUCACAAGCUUUCGAUGCCUGUUGGAUCCUGCAAUCUGGCUUUGCCUCUCUGGGGAAAAGGGAAUGAUGAAUUUUAUGAUGCAUCUAAACUUCCACGGAGCACCAAGCCUACAAGAGAAGCCUACGCCACAGUCCUCCAUUCAUCCGAGGACUACGUAUGCGGUGCAAUCACUCUAGCACACUCUCUUCUCAAAACCGGAACCAAACACGACCUCAUUCUCCUCAUAGACAGCUCCAUCUCCCUAAGCAAACGCAGAGCCCUCGCCUCUGCAGGCUGGAAGAUCCGCAUGAUAACAAGGAUCAGGAACCCGAAAGCUGAAAAGAACACGUACAACGAAUACAAUUACAGCAAAUUCAGGUUAUGGCAGCUCACUGACUACGACAAGAUCAUCUUCAUCGACUCUGACAUCAUCGUGCUACGAAACAUGGACAUUCUCUUCUCCUUCCCCCAAAUGACCGCGACAGGGAACGAUGCCUCCAUCUUCAAUUCGGGCAUCAUGGUGAUCGAGCCCUCCAAUUGUACAUUCAAGAUUUUAAUGCAACGUAUUAAAGAAAUAGUCUCGUACAAUGGGGGUGAUCAGGGAUUCUUGAACGAAGUUUUCGUUUGGUGGCAUCGAUUGCCUAGACGAGUCAAUUUCCUAAAGAAUUUUUGGGCCAACAACACUGUGGAGACUAGUUUAAAGAACCAGCUGUUCGGUUCAGAGCCUGCGAAAGUGUUUGCAAUUCAUUACUUGGGCUUGAAGCCAUGGCUCUGUUACCGCGAUUAUGAUUGCAACUGGGACAUCGGUGAUCAGCGUGUGUACGCGAGUGAUGUGGCGCACGGCCGGUGGUGGAAGGUGCAUGACAGCAUGGAAGAAGGGUUGCAGAAGCACUGCGCGUUGUCGGAGAAGAGGAAGAUUGAGUUGCUGUGGGAUAGAAAGAUGGCUGGCAAAAUGGGAUUGCCUGAUGAACAUUGGAAAAUCAAUGUCACCGAUCCUCGACGCUUGCAGAAAUAAUUAUUUUUCGGUUUUAUUUUCGAUUCUUUUUUCGUUUUCUUAGAAGAUUGUGAUGGUUACAUUUUUUGUAUAUGAUGCACACCACAUUAAUAUAAUUCUGUGUUUAUAUGAUCGGUCA